UGGUCUGCAGUGUGGCCACUCGCUCUUGUGCUUGCUUUUUAACGCUGCACCCCAAGAUGAGGAGCGGGAAGGCCUCCUGCACCCUGGACACCGUGUGGGAGGACAAGCGGAGGCCUGAGGCCACAGCGGCCGCCUGCGACCAGGAGCUGCCGGCCAUGAACGGGCCCAGCCCAGAGGAGGCCAGGGAGGCAGAGGCCGCGGACCCCAGGAGGAAACACGACAGCCAGAGGCCCUUGCUGAAGAAGAGGAAGCGAUCGCCCAGGGGCUGGCUGGACCCCACGGACCUGGCCCUCGUGGGCCUCUCUGCAGACCACGUGUGGCUGGACAAGCCAUUCUUCGACCAGGCGGAGACCUGCUACCGCCAGAGGCUGGCCGAUGCUGGUGCCCGGGCCACACACAGUGCCUGUGUCCAUGGCAACCUCGUGGCCUGCCACCACGUGACCUGGGGCGUCUGGGUCAACAAGUCUUGCUUUGACCAGGCCGAGCGGGCUUUCGUGGAGUGGUCACAGGCCCUACUGCUGGCCGCCGAGGAGAGCCGUGGUCAAGGAGCCCGCGACACGGGGUCGCCGGUGCCCACCCCAGAGCUGGCCCUGGCUUGCCAGCCCAGCCUGCCAGCCAGCAGCCAACCCUCUUUGGGCAACCUGCAAGCGCUGGUGCGGGAGGUCUGGCUGGACAAGCCGCGGUACGAUGCGGCUGAGAGAGGCUUCUACGAGGCCCUGUUUGACGGCCACCCCCCGGGGAAGGUGCGUCUGCAGGAGCGGGCUGGCCAGGCCGAAGGUGCCCGGCGUGGCCGCAGGGACCGGCGUAGCCGCAGCGGCCAAGGCAGCCAGCGGCCGGGGCCACGGCGCUCGGACGGGGAGGGCUCCACAGCCUGGCCCUGCUGGUACUUCCUGCACAGGGACGCGGAAGCCCCCUGGCUCAGCAAGCCCGCCUACGACAGUGCCGAGUGCUGCCACCAUGCCGCCGAGGCCCUGCGCACGGCCUGGCGCCUCGAAGCCACCUCCCUGGCCCUUCGGCCCGGACACCGGGCUGGCCCGUCCCCGUCCAACCUGAGACCCAACAGAAAAAUGACCACAAACUUCUUGGUCCACGAGAAGAUCUGGUUUGACAAAUUCAAGUAUGAUGAGGCGGAGAGGAGCUUCUAUGAGCGCAUGAACGGGCCCGCGGAUGGCGCCCCUCGCCAGGGGAACGGGGCCAGCGGGAUCCUCCGCGACAUCGCGAGAGCCAGGGAGAACAUCCAGAAGUCACUGGCUGGAAGCUCGGGCCCCGGGGCCUCCAGCGGGCCAAGCGGAGACCACAGCGAGCUGGCCGUGCGCAUCGCCAGCCUGGAAGUGGAAAACCAAAACCUGAGAGGCGUGGUGCAGGAUCUGCAGCAGACCGUCUCCAAGCUCGAGGCCCGGCUGAGUGCCCUGGAGAGGGGCUCACCUGCCCCCCGCUCGGCCCCACAGACCCAGCAUGUAUCGCCCAUGCGCCAAGUGGAGCCGCCGGCCCCGAAGGCGGCCACCCCGGCAGAGGACGACGAGGACGACAUCGACCUGUUUGGCAGCGACGAGGAGGAGGACAAGGAGGCAGCGCGGCUGCGGGAGGAGCGGCUGCGGCAGUACGCCGAGAAGAAGGCCAAGAAGCCGGCGCUGGUGGCCAAGUCCUCCAUCCUCCUGGACGUCAAACCGUGGGAUGAUGAAACUGACAUGGCCCAGCUGGAGGCCUGUGUGCGGUCAGUGCAGCUGGAUGGACUGGUCUGGGGGGCAUCCAAGCUGGUGCCUGUGGGGUAUGGCAUCCGCAAGCUGCAGAUCCAGUGCGUGGUGGAGGAUGACAAGGUGGGCACCGACCUGCUGGAGGAGGAGAUUACCAAGUUCGAGGAGCACGUGCAGAGCGUGGACAUUGCAGCAUUCAACAAGAUCUGAAGGGGGAGGGAUGGGGGAUCCUGCUGUGAUUAAAGAGGACUCUGGCUGUUA